CCGUCCCGUGGUGCCCUGCGGCUGCCCCAAGAUGGCGGACCGGCGGCGGCAGCGCGCCUCGCAGGACAGCGAGGACGACUCGGACUCGGCCGCCUCCGACAGCGCCGAUUCCGCCGCCAGCGCCGCUCGGUCCCGGUCCCGGUCCCGUUCCGGAUCCGCUUCCCGUUCCCGUUCCCCUUCGGCCUCCCCGCGGCCUCCUCACCGCCAAGCCCGGGGAGCCGCCGGGGCCCUCAGCGCCGGGCCGCGGGGUCGAGGGGCCGAGAGCGCCGCUGGGGGGGCGGCCAAAAGCGAGCCGCAGUCUGAGUGUGAAAGCGAGGACGGCAUCGAAGGAGAUGCCGUGCUCUCGGAUUACGAAAGCGCAGAGGACUCGGAGGCAGAGGAGGAGGAUUACAGCGAGGAAGAGAGCGCCAAAGUGGAAUUGAAGCAGGAGAGCAACGAUUCCUGUGAGUCCGCGGCGAAAGCAGAGAAAGGGGACGAGAAACCCGAGGCCAAAGGGGCUGUGACCGGCGAGAGGCAAAGCGGGGACGGGCAGGAGAGCACCGAGCCCGUGGAGAAUAAAGUUGGGAAAAAAGCCCCCAAGCACCUGGACGAUGACGAGGACCGCAAGAACCCGGCUUACAUCCCGCGGAAAGGGCUCUUCUUCGAGCACGACCUGCGAGGGCAGACGCAGGAGGAGGAGGUCAGGCCCAAGGGGCGGCAGCGGAAGCUGUGGAAGGACGAGGGUCGCUGGGAACACGACAAAUUCCGGGAGGACGAGCAGGCCCCCAAAACCAGGCAGGAGCUGAUCGCGCUCUACGGCUACGACAUCAGGUCGGCUCACAACCCCGACGACAUCAAACCCAGGAGGAUGCGCAAACCCAGGUUUGGGAGCCCUCCCCAGAGAGACCCCAACUGGUCCGGCGAGAGGCCGAGCAAGCCCCCGAGGCACCAGGGCGCCGACAGCACCACGGCUCCCCCACGCACCUUCACCAGCAGGAGCUCUGCGGGAACGGGGAGGAUGCCCCCCCCCAGGAACUACCCGAGGAUGGGGGGCUACAAAGAAACCCGGCCGGGCUACCGAGCCUCGGAGGGCAACGUGCCUCACCUCCCUCGGAACGGCGAGCAGACGAAGCAGGAGGCCGGCUACCGGGCAAAACGCGCCGAGCAGACCCCGCCGAGGGCCAAAUCCCCGGAGCUGGAAGCAGCCCACGGCCAUGGCAGCCCCGGGAAGGAGGAAAUCACCCUGGAAAAUCGCCCCCCCAGCACCGACGCCGCUCAGCCACCUCCGGACAGACCCGUCGAGAAGAAAUCUUACUCCCGGGCGAGGAGGACCAGAGCCAAAGCUGGGGACGCGGGGAAGUCGGUGGAUGAAGCCCCCGCUGCGGAAGGGCUGGCCCCCGUGGCCCCAAAACCUGCACAAGCCGAGGCGUCCCCCCUGCCGGCCAAAAACAGCAGCUGGGAGUCGCCGGUGGAAUCCAGCAUGGAUGGACUGGAGCAGGAGCUGACCCAAAUGAACCUCGCCGAGCAGAGCUGGGCUUCGGGGCAGUCGCAGUUCAUCCAGCCCCGGGAGCUGAGGGGCAUUCCUAACCAUAUGCACGUGGGAACGGGGCCGCCGCCUCAGUUUAACAGGAUGGAGGAAAUGGCGGUGCAGGGCGGCCGCGUCAAGCGCUACUCGUCGCAGCGGCAGAGAGCGCCGGUGCCAGAGCCUGCCCCCCCCAUGCACAUCAGCAUCAUGGAAGGGCACUACUACGACCCACUACAAUUCCAGGGACCAAUCUACACCCACAGCGAGAACCCGGCCCCGCUGCCGCCCCAGGGGAUGAUUGUGCAGCCAGAAAUGCAUCUCCCUCAUCCAGGUUUACACCCCCACCAGACACCAGCCCCGAUGGCAAACCCCGGCCUUUACCCUCCGCCGGUCUCCAUGCCUCCGGGCCAGCCCCCGCCGCAGCAGCUGCUUGCACCGACUUACUUCUCCCCGCCUGGAGUCAUGAAUUUUGGGAACCCCGGCUACCCCUACCCCCCGGGAGCGCUGCCCCCGCCGCCCCCUCCUCACCUUUAUUCCAACACGCAGGCGCAGUCCCAGGUGUACGGCGGGGUCACGUACUACAACACUGUCCAGCAGCAAGUGCAGCCCAAGCCUUCCCCGCCACGAAGGACGUCGCAGCCCGUCACCAUCAAGCCGCCGCCUCCCGAGCUUCUCGUUGCAGGUGGUAAGCAGGGCUCCAGUUAAUUUCUAAAUACUUUAAAUCUAAACCCACGUAAAAAGUAAGUCCGAAGUUGACUCUCGUUUCCUUUUUCUUUUUGGUGAGGGUAGGAAAUAAAAACACUUGACUAGGGAUUAAAAUCCAGUCGUAAGCCAGGAGGCAGCGGCUCCUCUGGAAGGAGGAAUGCCCGGUGGUGCCUCGCCGGGCAGGCUUGGGGUUGGACCUGAUGAUCUCUUGAGGUCCCUUCCAACCCCUAAAAUUCUGUGAUUCUGGGAUUUCCUCCUGGCAGCGCCGCCACCCGUGCGCGUGUGCGAGUGCCACGUGUGCAAGCGCCACGUGUGUGUUUGGUUUCCUCUUCCACGCCUCACCAAACACUCGGGAGUGAGCCUGAGUCACGGCGAGGCCAGGCCCGGGCAGGCGUGCGCCGGGUGCCGGUGGCUGCUCCGUCCCUCGGCCGCCUCUGAGCAGGGCGGAGCCGCUUCGCCCCUUUUUUUUUUGUUGUUUUCCCACCUGGGAGCAGCAGCUCUCGUAAAUCCGCCCUGAGCUCAUCCCGGCAAGGUGCCCUUUGAAAGGCCUUGAGGUGGAAGGAGGGCUCCACCCCGAGCACGAAGGCUGAAGGCAGCCGGAUUCCCCAGAGCAGGCGUGGGGUGGGAGGGUGACGGUGGCUUUCUGGCACCCAUUUUCAGAGGGUGCUUGCUGACAGCACCCCCCCGGCGUUGUGUGGAGCUGGGGGGCAGCCUGACCCCCUCCUGCUGCCUCUCUGCUUCCCCAGCAGGACAGCAAAAGUGAAAAAUCAAAGGAGAGGAGCACCACGUAGGGAGGCGGCCGCGGAAAUCCCAGCGCCGGACCUGGCACCUCGGCGAGGAGGCAGCUCCGUCCCGCAGGAGGCUCCUUCCCCGUGCGGAGGUUCGGCGGCGCGAUGAAAUCGGCCGCGCCGUCUGCUGCUCAGGGCCGCCAGGCACCUUCCCUCCCCGGUUUUUACCGGUGCCCUCCCGAAAUCCAUCUCUCACCGCUGCUCGUCGGCCCCUCCUUUCCCCCCCCCCCUUCCCUGGGGGCACCGAGGUCACCGCCGUGCCAGCCGCCGGUCUCGCGACUUCUCUCUUUUAGUAACCGUCUGCCCUUUGCCCCUUUUUUUCAAGAUGUUCAACUCAACUGCUUGGUUGUGGUCUCUGUUUUUAUUUAAGAAAUGAACCGGCUCCCGCAGUAAAGCUGCUUUUUUUCUUUC